AUGUCAUUGACUUUAGGAUUUGGUAUUCCAGCCGUCAACCAUGUUGUUAAAUCUGGCAGUCAGGAUUUGAAAGUGUUAGUUAUUUCUCCAACUAGGGAAUUGGCAACGCAAACCUACGAAAAUAUGAAAGAGUUAACCGAUGCUGUUGGCUUGCACUGUGUCUGCAUAUAUGGCGGUGUUCCUAAAGAAUCACAACGUAGAGAAGUGAAACGGUCUCAGUGUGUGAUUGCAACUCCAGGAAGAUUACUAGAUCUUAUACAGGAAGGCUCGAUCAGUCUCAAACAAGUGGAUUAUUUGAUUUUGGAUGAGGCAGAUCGUAUGUUAGAGAAAGGAUUUGAAGAGGACAUCAAGAAUAUUGUGUCGCAAACGAAUGCACAGCGUCAGACUUUAAUGUUCACAGCUACCUGGCCUAGAGAGGUGCGUGACUUGGCAUCCACAUUUAUGGAUCAGCCGGCUAAAGUUUCUAUCGGAGAUCGUGAUGAGCUUUCUGCCAAUAAGAGUAUUAAGCAGAUCGUGGAAGUGAUAGAUCCUAGAGAGAAAAAGACCAAGUUGCUGCAACUUCUCGAUAAAUAUCUUGUCGGUAGCAAGAAACAUGAUAGGAUUUUAAUCUUUGCCUUGUACAAGAAGGAGGCGGCUCGUGUUGAGAGGGAUUUGACCUACCACGGCUACGAGGUGGCAGCAUUACAUGGAGAUCUCAGUCAGGCACAACGUACGCAGGCUUUAGACAGUUUUAAGAGUGGUAAAUGCAACCUUAUGUUGGCAACAGAUGUGGCAGCCCGUGGUUUGGAUAUUCCAAACGUGAAGGUAGUGAUCAAUUUGACCUUCCCCUUAACUGCUGAGGAUUAUGUCCAUAGAAUCGGUAGAACUGGUAGAGCAGGACACACUGGUAUUGCACACACUUUGUUCACCAUUGAAGAAAAGCAUCUUGCCGGUGCUUUGAUGAACGUUCUGCGAGCAGCAAAUCAACCUGUUCCCGAUGAAUUACUUCAAUUCGGUUCUUACACUAAAAAGAAGACCCACAGUGCAUAUGGUGCUUUCUAUAAGGAUGUGGAUAUGCAUGAAAAGGGAAAGAAGAUCAAGUUCGAUUAG